AUGUCAUCACCUCAACCACCAUCUAUAGACUUUGAAAAAAUAAAAGCCAAAUCAGAUGGAUCAAUCACUGGCCUAGUAUCAUCUUCUUUUCAAGAAGUUAUACAAAAUAAUCCAUAUUUUGCAGCAGGUGGAGGAUUAAUGUUAUUAGGUACAGGAUUAGCAUUAGCAAGAUCAGGAAUUGUAAAAAGUUCAGGGUUUUUAUAUAGACAAAUGUUAGUUGAUUUAGAGAUACCGUCAAAGGAUAAAUCUUAUUUAUGGUUUUUAGAAUGGAUGUCAAAACAUAAAAAAAGAAGUUCAAGACAUUUAUCUGUUGAGACUAAUGUUAUAACUCAUGAUAAUGGAGCUAUAAGUACCAACUUUUCAUUGGUUCCUGGACCUGGGAAACAUUUAAUACGGUACAAAGGGGCAUUUAUGUUAGUUAAUCGUGAAAGAUCAGGGAAAUUACUAGAUAUGACUAAUGGUACACCUUUUGAAACAGUUACUUUAACCACGUUAUACAGAGAUAGAUAUUUGUUUAAUGAUUUAUUAUAUGAAGCGAAAGCAAUGGCAUUAAAAGCAAGAGAAGGUAAAACAGUUAUAUUCACAUCUUGGGGUCCAGAGUGGAGACCAUUUGGUCAACCAAGAUCGAAAAGGUUAAUUGGAUCAGUUAUAUUAGAUGAAGGAAUAGCAGAUACAAUAUUAAAUGAUGUAAAAGAUUUCUUAGUUAGUGGAGAAUGGUAUCAUAAAAGAGGUAUACCGUAUAGAAGAGGUUAUUUAUUAUAUGGACCACCAGGUUCGGGAAAAACUUCUUUCAUACAAGCAUUAGCUGGAGAAUUAGAUUAUAAUAUUUGUAUAUUAAAUUUAUCAGAAAAUAAUUUAACUGAUGAUAGAUUGAAUCAUUUAAUGAAUCAUAUACCUAAUAGAUCAAUAUUGUUGCUAGAAGAUGUUGACGCUGCUUUUAACAAGAAAAGAGAACAAUCAAAUGAUCAAGGUUUUAAUAAUGGAGUUACUUUUUCAGGUUUAUUAAAUGCAUUAGAUGGAGUAGCAAGUGCAGAAGAGUGUAUAACUUUUAUGACAACGAAUCACCCUGAAAGAUUAGACCCUGCAUUAUUAAGACCAGGUAGAGUUGAUUUUAAAGUGUUAAUAAAUAAUGCAACAGAAUAUCAAAUACGCAAGAUGUUUUUAAGGUUUUAUGAAAAUGAAGAUAAAUUAUGUGAAGAAUUUAUUGCAAAAUUUAGAAAAUUAAACCUAAAAAAUAUAAGUACUGCUCAACUACAAGGAUUAUUUGUUUAUAAUAAAAGAGAUCCAAAAGCUUCUAUCGAUAUGAUUGAAACUUUACAAGAUCCUAACACGGUAUUUUAA